AAUUAGGCAGUGUGUGUGUGUGUGUGUGUGUGUGUGUGUGUGUGUGUGUGUGUGUGUGUGUUAAAGCUGAGAAGAAUAUUGGAGGUUGGGCACAUAGUAAUGAAGGUUCUUAAGAAGUACAUCUUCUCCUUGUUGUUCAUCGUGGCUGUGGUCAUCGUUGAGAAGGAGAACAACAUCUUCUCCAAGGUCUUGGACAAGCUCUCUCCGAAGUCAACACCUCAGAGUUCACUCCAGAUCAAAGGUCGAUAUUUGGCAUCUCCCGAACUGGAGGUCAACUUGAAAGCAAAAUUACCUUUGAAGAACGUCGGACAGCCCAGUGAAGUUAGGAAGCACGUUCUUAUAUUUGCAACAACACGUUCUGGCUCUUCAUUUGUGGGUGAGAUUUUUAACCAGCAUGGCAACGAUAUGUUCUACCUGUUUGAACCUCUUUGGAACAUGCAGCAAAGGCUAACUCUGGAAAAUGAAAGAAUCGAUAUUGUUUCAGGAGAGGUUUUGUCAAAGGCUUAUCGAGACGCUCUCCAUCAGCUUUUCUUAUGCAACUUUUCCAUGCUGGACAGCUUCGAGGCUCCACAAAAGGGUCGCGUAAAGAUGACAUUAUUUCGGCCUGAAUCCAGCCAGUCACUGUGCAGCUAUCCCGCCUGCACACCAUUUGUAACUGAAAGUGACGGGUCCUACAAAUGUCAUAACCAGAACUGCGGUCCACUAGACAUCAGGAUAGCAUCCCAAGUCUGCCUGCAGAAAAAGUAUCAUGCCAUAAAGUCUGUACGAAUAGAGCGACUAGAGACACUGCGAUCAUUAACAGAAGAUCCACGAUUAGAUUUGAAGGUUAUCCAUCUGGUCCGUGAUCCCAGAGCCAUAUUAGCAUCCCGCAUGAUGACUUUUGCACAAGAUGAUGAGGAGUGGCAGAAGAUGACAGAGGACGGGGACAUUACUGAGUAUGAUAACAAAAUAGGCGGCCUUAGAGCUCAAUGUGAGUCCAUCCGGAUGGCUGCUGAAGUGGGUCUCAAACGGCCCCUGUGGUUGAAUGGGCGAUACAUGCUAGUGCGUUUUGAGGACAUUGCCUUGUUUCCUAUGCGCAAAGCAGCUGAGAUGUAUCAGUUUACCGGCAUCCCGUUCAGUGACCAAGUGAAGGAGUGGCUCUUGCAUAAUACUCAAACACCUGAUAAUAAAGAUGGUAUGUACUCCACCAAAAGAAACUCAUCACAGCAGGCUGAGAAAUGGAGGUUCAGUAUACCGCUUACACAUGUUAAGAUGGUUCAAAAAGUUUGCGGCCCCACCAUGAAAUUGCUUGGAUACAGGUUCAUAGAAAGCAAAGAGAUGCUGAUUGACAAAUCGGUCAGCUUGAUAGAAGACAGGGUUUUCUAAUGACCAGGGAACAAACUUUUUAUUUAAAAAAGUCAGACUUUUAUUUAAAAAAAUAUAUAUA